GAUUUCAAAAGCUACCUGUUUCUUCGAUAUUUAUUUCUUCCUUUUCUCCAGUUUGUCAACAACGAAGACCAGAGCGAUUGGAGGAUCCCUAAAUCUUGUCGAGCUUACAAAUCCGGCUGUGAUUAUCGUCAAAUCUGAAAUUUCCAUCUGCUUCUUCUUCUUCUUCACAUAGGUUUGAUUAGCGGAAAAGGGAGCUGGAUCAGCUUCGGAUUUGAAUUCGAUCUUUGUGUUUGGGACUUUUCCCUGUGGAGGUAUGGGAUAUCUGAAUUCUGUGUUGUCAUCUUCGAGCCAGGUUCACGCCGACGAUGGACCUGUUAGCGGCGGUGGCCUCAGUCAAAACGGGAAGUUCAGCUAUGGAUAUGCAAGCUCUCCCGGUAAAAGAUCUUCAAUGGAGGACUUCUAUGAGACUAGAAUCGAUGGUGUUGAAGGGGAAAUAGUUGGUCUCUUUGGAGUCUUUGACGGACAUGGAGGUGCACGUGCAGCUGAAUACGUGAAGCAAAAUCUAUUCAGCAACCUGAUCAGGCAUCCAAAGUUCAUCUCUGACACUACAGCUGCAAUAGCUGAUGCAUACAACCAAACAGACUCGGAGUUUCUUAAAUCAGAAAACAGUCAAAACAGAGAUGCUGGUUCAACGGCGUCAACAGCCAUCUUAGUUGGUGACCGUUUACUUGUUGCAAACGUAGGGGACUCUAGAGCUGUUAUAUGCAGAGGUGGCAAUGCUAUUGCUGUAUCCCGAGAUCACAAGCCUGAUCAAAGUGAUGAGCGCCAACGAAUUGAGGAUGCGGGAGGAUUUGUCAUGUGGGCUGGAACAUGGAGAGUUGGAGGAGUUCUUGCUGUUUCUCGUGCAUUUGGCGAUAGGUUAUUGAAGCAGUAUGUUGUUGCUGAUCCAGAGAUACAGGAGGAAAAAGUUGAUAGCUCUCUCGAGUUUCUCAUUCUUGCAAGCGAUGGUCUCUGGGACGUUGUAUCUAACGAGGAAGCCGUAGGCAUGAUCAAGGCAAUAGAAGAUCCCGAGGAAGGUGCAAAAAGACUGAUGAUGGAAGCUUACCAAAGAGGAAGUGCAGACAACAUAACUUGUGUCGUCGUACGUUUCUUUUCAGACCAAACAGGAGGAGUAGGUUCCAGCAGUAACAGUAUCCCAAUCGAUCACGGUAUCAUACCGGACAGAAGCUCCGGUGACAUAUCAACCUAAUUUUAACAAUGGUAACGUCCCUAUGGAUUUCGUGAUUUCAUAUUUCACCCGAAAAAGCAAAAUGAAUCUGGGGGAUUAUACAGUAUUGUUUAAAGGUGGUCAAACGGUUUUUAAAGAAUAUAGACAACACUCAGGAAACUCUUUUACACGAACGUUUUUUUGCGGUCUCGUGUCACUUUUGUUGUUGUUAUACGUUGGUUACUUGGGUGUGUAAAGAAAACAUAGAACAGAUCUGUGGAUUUGAGUUUCAUUCCCUAAUAAUACAAGUUCUGAUUCAUACA